AGGCGGAGGGAAGAGCGCAAUAAAGUUGAAGAGAAUGUCGACAACGAACUGAAGGUUUUCGCCAUGAGUGUACUUGGCAGUACCUCUUCCGACCGGUACUUCCUCUCUACCUCUGGCGAUGGUGCAUACAAGUCACUGCUGUUGUGGGUUUGA